ACGAUGGAGAGAGCCAAUCACAUCAACGUCGCAAUGCUGGAAGACCUCAGCACCAACGGGACGGCCACUUCAAAGGGGGUCACGUUCUCGGAGCAGAGCAAGCCGUGUGGAUCCACCGUGAGCUUCCACAACGUCCAGUACAAAGUGCAGCUGAGGAGCGGCUUCUGCAAGAGGAAAAGCAGCCCCAAGGAAAUCCUGGUGGACCUCAAUGGGAUAAUGAGACCCGGCCUGAACGCAAUUCUCGGACCUACUGGAAGUGGAAAAUCUUCAUUCUUGGAUAUUCUGGCUGCGAGGAAGGAUCCUUCGGGCCUCUCAGGAGAAGUUCUCAUCGACGGAGCUCCGCAGCCUCCAAACUUCAAGUGCCUCUCUGGCUACGUGGUUCAGGACGAUGUGGUCAUGGGGACCCUGACUGUGAGGGAGAACCUGCGUUUCUCCGCUGCUCUGCGGCUGCCCAGCUCCGUGCCGCAGAGUGAGAAGGAGGCUCGAGUCAAUCACCUCAUCAAAGAACUGGGUCUCACCAAAGUGGCCGACUCCAAGGUGGGCACACAGAUGCUCCGGGGAAUCUCAGGAGGAGAGAGGAAGAGGACGAACAUUGGUAUGGAACUCAUUAUCGAUCCCUCAGUUCUCUUCCUGGAUGAACCAACCACUGGACUGGAUGCUAGCACUGCCAACUCCGUGUUACUGUUGCUGAAAAGAAUGGCCAAUCGCGGAAGAACCAUUAUUAUGUCGAUCCACCAACCUCGCUACUCCAUCUACAGACUGUUUGACACUCUGACUCUGCUGGUUAGUGGUAAAAUGGUUUAUCAUGGACCAGCUCCGAAUGCUUUGGACUACUUCGCCAACAUUGGUUAUCCCUGUGAGCCCCACAACAACCCAGCUGACUUCUUUCUAGAUGUUAUUAAUGGAGACUCUACACCAACCAUGACCAAAGUGAACGGCUCUGAAGAUUUGGAGUUUGAGGAGCUCAGCAGCUCAACGCAGAGCAUCGAGAAGCACCUGAUAGAGGAGUACAAGAACUGCAGCUACGCCACCGACACACGAGCCGAGCUGGAACGCAUCGUCAAGGACAAGGAGUUCAUCUUACGUCCGAAGGCGCGCACCAUCACCUACAACAGCUCCUUCUUCCACCAGCUAAGAUGGGUGCUGAAGAGGACCUUCCAGAACCUCAUGUUGAACCCACAAACAUCUGUAGCCCAGCUGGGAGUCAACAUUUUCCUCGCCCUCAUCGUCGGGGCCAUUUUCUUUGGGAUCAAAGACGAUCAGAGCGGACUCCAGAACAGGAUGGGCGCCCUCUUCUUCAUCACCACUAAUCAGUGCUUCAGCACCGUGUCUGCAGCUGAGCUCUUCAUCACUGAGAGGAAACUGUUUGUACACGAGUACAUCAGUGGUUACUACAGAGUGUCUGUCUACUUCCUGUCAAAGAUCCUGUCCGACAUCACCCUGCGCACCUUCACCUCUGUUGUCUUCAGCUGUAUCGUUUAUUUUAUGAUCGGGCUCAAAUCUACCGUGCCUGCCUUUUUCAUCUUCACGCUGACCGUCACUCUGGUGGCCUACACAGCCACAUUCAUGACCAUGGCCAUCUCGGCCGACCAGAGCGUCGUGGCUCUGGCCAACAUCUUCAUGACCAUCAGCUUUGUCUUCAUGAUGAUUUUCUCAGGUCUCCUGGUGAACCUGCCUAGCGUCAUGGAUUGGCUGGCAUGGCUGAAGUACUUAAGUAUUCCUCGCUAUGGCCUCGCGGCCUUGAACAUCAAUGAGUUUGUUGGUUUAAAGUUCUGUGAAGAGGCUGUGAGACAAGACGCCAACAUGUCGGCUGGAGCGUCAAACUGCAGCACGAGCACAGCCGCUCUCACGUGCACAGGAGAGCAGUAUCUGGACUACCUGGGGAUCGAGUACACCACCUGGGGACUGUGGGAGAACCACACGGCUCUGGGCGUUAUGUCCAUCAUAUUCCUCCUCAUCGCCUACCUGAAACUACGCUUCAUCAAGAAAUUCACUUAG